AUGGUGAGGAAAAUACUGGAAGAUGGGGAAGAGUCUGAGGGCUCUUUUUCUUCGGCUCCUGGUGAUGGUGACUCGGUAGCAUCUGACCAAUAUGAUAAAGAGGAUGAAGUGCUCCCUGAUGGGAAUCGGUUUGGUCCUAUUGCAGCUCAGGAUCUUCAGUUUGUUCUGAAGGCUGGAUACCUGGAAAAACGCAGAAAAGAGCACAGUUUUCUUGGCUUUGAGUGGCAGAAGCGUUGGUGCGUUCUCAGUAAGAUGUUCUUCUAUUAUUAUGGAAGCGACAAAGACAAACAACAGAAAGGUGAAUUUGCCUUAGAGGGCUACACCAUCAGAAUGAAUAACAGCCUCCGGAAGGAUUCGAAGAAAGAUUGCUGUUUUGAAAUCUUCGCUACUGAUAAACGCAUUUAUCAGUUUACAGCUGCCACUCCCAAAGAAGCAGAGGAAUGGGUACAGCAAAUCAAAUUUGUAAUCCAAGAUAUGGAAUCUAAUACAAUUCCUGAGGAGGAGGUGGAGGAAGAAGAAGAAUAUGAUGAUGUUGGACAAGUGAGCAAUGAAUCAGUAGAUGAUAGCAUUUAUGAAGAAGUUAAAGAAGAAUGUGUUCCAUCAAAGGCUGAAGUGCCAAGCAAACUGAGCCAGGAGAAAAGUUGCAGUAUUUCAGAUAGCAAAAAUACCGAUUAUGCCAAUUUCUAUCAAGGUUUGUGGGACUGCAGAGGAGAUUUCCCCGAUGAGUUGACAUUUCAACGUGGUGAUGUUAUCUACAUUCUCAGCAAGGAGUACGAUGAAUUUGGCUGGUGGGUAGGAGAAAUGAAGGGAACCAUUGGCUUAGUGCCUAAAGCCUACAUAAUGGAGAUGUAUGAUAUUUGAGAGGCCUGGGAGAAAUCUGUGCUUGAAAUCAAGGGUG